CGGGACCCGCAGCGGCAGCUGCUGCAGCGGGAGCAGUUUUGCAGUAGCUGCUGCAGCAGGUUUGCAGCAGAAGCAGUGUUGCUGCAGCAGCGGCAGGAGGAGGAGGAGACGGAGGAGCGUCGGGGCAGCGUUUGGGGUUGGGUCCGGGGUCGUGGCCGGGCAGGGCGUGCGGGCCCCCACGGGAGCCGGGACGGUGCUCGGCACAUAGUAAGAGCUUAGCACAUACCAUCCUCCUGCUCCUCCUCCUCCUCCUCCUCCUGCCCCGGCCGGGGCCCGGCCCCCGGGGCCCGGCCUCGCACCAUGCAGGAGCCGCUGCUGCGGGACCCCGGGCCGGACUACGACACCUUCCCCGAGGAGCCGCCCAGCCCAACCGCCGCCAGACCCGCCAAGGCUCCACAGAACAAGCGGCUCUUCCUCGCGGCCUUUGCGGCCGUGCUGGGUAACUUCAGCUUCGGCUUUGCGCUGGUGUACACGUCGCCCGUCAUCCCGGCUCUGGAGAGCUCCCCGAACUCCGCGCUGCACAUGACCAAGGUGGAAUCGUCCUGGUUUGGGUCGGUGUUCACUCUAGGGGCGGCCGCGGGAGGCCUGAGCGCCAUGCUCCUCAACGACCUGCUGGGCCGGAAGCUGAGCAUCAUGUUCUCGGCCUUGCCCUCGGCGGCCGGCUACGCGCUCAUGGCCGGCGCCAGCCGCCUGUGGAUGCUGCUGCUGGGGAGGACGCUGACGGGCUUUGCCGGGGGACUCACGGCCGCCUGCAUCCCGGUGUACGUCUCCGAGAUCUCCCAUCCCAGGGUCCGAGGGGCGUUGGGAGCCACACCCCAGAUCAUGGCUGUCUUCGGUUCCCUCUCCCUGUAUGCCCUGGGUCUGAAGUUGCCCUGGCGCUGGCUGGCAGUGGCGGGCGAGGUGCCCGUGCUCGUCAUGAUCCUCCUGCUCUGCUUCAUGCCCGACUCCCCACGCUUCCUGCUUUCCCAGGGCAAGGAUGAAGAGGCUCUGCGGGCACUGGCCUGGCUGCGGGGCAAGGACGCAGACAUCUGCCAGGAGUUCCAGCAGAUCCAGGAGACCGCCCAGAGCCGGAAUGGACGUAUGAGCUGGGCCGAGAUCAAGGAUCCCUUCGUCUACAAGCCCAUCUUCAUCUCCGUGCUGAUGCGUUUCCUGCAGCAGUUGACGGGAGUCACCCCCAUCCUGGUCUACCUGCAGUCCAUCUUCAAGGGCACGGCCGGAUUCCUGCUCCCGGAGUACGACGCCGCCAUCGUGGGGGCCGUGCGCCUCGUGUCCGUGCUCAUCGCCGCCGCCACCAUGGACAAGGCCGGGAGGAAGAUACUCCUGUUCGUCUCGGCUUCGGUCAUGUUUGCCGCCAACCUGGCCCUGGGGCUGUACGUCCUCCUGACGGCGCCGCGCGAGAUCCACAACGGCACCGUGCCCCAUCCCGGCGGGGCCCUGGGGGACCCGGGGUCCGUCGCCGCUCCGGAGUCCCCCAACUACAUCACCCUGAUACCCCUCAUUGCCACCAUGCUCUUCAUCAUGGGCUACGCCAUGGGCUGGGGUCCCAUCACGUGGCUGCUCAUGUCGGAGGUCCUCCCGCUGAAGGCGCGGGGCGUGGCCUCGGGGCUCUGCGUGCUCGUCAGCUGGCUCACGGCCUUCGCCCUGACCAAGGCCUUCCUCCUGGUGGUGGAAGACUUCGGCCUUGAGGUCCCCUUCCUGUUCUUUGCCGCCAUCUGCCUGGUGAAUCUGAUCUUCACGGGAUGCUGUGUGCCGGAGACCAAGGGCCGGACCCUGGAGCAAAUCGAGCACUUCUUCCGGACCGGGCGGUGGUUGUUGGUGAAGUAGGGGCGCCCCCCCCGCCCCCGUGCCCCGUGCAGGCGGCGGGCCGGGGCUCUGACGGAUUGCCUUUGACCUCUGGGCGGCGGCGGCGGCGAGGGCUCGGGCAAGUGCCGGCCACCUUCCGGCCCGGAGGGCAUUCGUGACCCGAAGCCCCGCGGGACCUCGGCGUCCCGGGUGUUCCCGGCCCGGGCCCGUCUCCGACGUUCAGCCCAGGGACCGGGCUUCCCGGCACCGCACGGACAUCGACUCGCUCCCCUCUCCUUCCACCUGCCCGCCCUCCGCACCUGGUUGGACCGCGGCACAAGGACGGGGCGGACGGACCCCCGCUCUCCCAGCCCGGUGAGGGGAGCGGGGCGGCCCGCAACCGAGCCCAGUCGCCCGAAGAAUCGAUCAGUCGUCAAGCCUCUCCAGGGCAGGGUGCGGGGGAAAGGAUGAGUUCCUCAGGACAGAUGCCGGCAGGGAGGUUUUGGGGGCAGCCUGGAAAGUUUCCAACAUCGCGACUUGGGAGUGGGAAGAGGAGCUGACUCGAGCGGCUGUCGACCGCUCCCCCGCCCAGCCUGGACUGGCCGUCCUCUCAAGUGCCUUAACGAUCCGAGCGCGUUCGCCCUGCCCGGCUGCUUGCCAGGUGGAGCCGGUCCGUCCGUCCACCCGUCAAGUUACUGACAGGCCGGAGGCAGCGGCGGGAGGUGGAUCGUGCCGGCCGGGCCCCGGGUCAGCGGAUUUGUCCUUUCCUAUCUGCCCAGCCCCACUCCUUCCCUCCAGCUGCCCUGCCCCUGCCCCAGCUGGAUCCCACGGAGAGCUGGAGCUCCGCACAGCCAAACUGAUCCUUUUGCGAAAAUAAUUAUAGUAAUUGUGGUAUUUAUUAA